CUUAAGCGACAGGCGCGGCAGCCAAUCAGAGUCGCGGGUGGGCGGGGAUUGGGUUAAUAAACCCGAGUGCUGUGCUGGGACAGAGACAGGUUGUGGCUGCGAGGCGGACAGAAUGGCACCUCCUUGGUAUCUCCUGCCCUUGGUGGCCUUGGUUGUCCUGUGUCCCGAUGGGUCCAUGUGCAGCGAUUCACAGAAUGAGGGUGCCACUCGUUCUCUUCCCAUGAUCAGUGAUGUCUUCUGCACAGAGCAGAUGGGCUGUCCUGAAGAAUAUUCCUGCGUGAAGACUCCUAUGGAUGGAUUCGCUUGCUGCCCACUUGCUCAGGGAGCUUCCUGUCGGGAUGGACAUCACUGCUGCCCUUCAGGCACACUUUGUUCUGAAGAUGGACAUUCCUGCUUGCCAGCUAGCAAUCAGUCUGCAGUAGUCUGUCCUGAUGGGGCCUCAGAAUGCCCAAGUGGAUCCACAUGCUGCCAGAUGGCUGAUCAGAGCUGGGGAUGCUGCCCACUGGAACAGGCUACAUGCUGCAAUGAUCAUGUUCACUGCUGCCCACAAAACACCCAGUGUGACCUGGUCCAUGGCACCUGUGUCUCUAAGGAUAAGGUGGUUCCCAUGUCCAAGAAGGUUCCUGCCAGGAUGAAGCUGCAGACUUCUGUGCAGGUCCUUCGAACACCAUGCAAAGAUGGUUCCUCUUGUCCUGAUGGCAGUACAUGCUGUGAGCUGGGCGGACAUUCAUUUGGAUGCUGCCCAUUGAUAUCUGCUGUCUGCUGUGGAGACCACCGUCACUGCUGUCCAUCAGGGACCACCUGUGACCUCGCUCAUAAAAAGUGCGUUACCCCACAUUCUGAAACCCCAAUGGUCAGAAAGAUCCCAGCUCUGCGCGAGGAAGCCACAGUGGAAUGUGACGCUACAACCACCUGUCCUGGCUCAACUACCUGCUGCCGUUUGGCCUCCGGCGCCUGGGGAUGCUGUCCAUUUGUAAAGGCUGUGUGCUGCUCUGAUGGGGUCCAUUGCUGUCCCACCGGAUAUACAUGCUCAGGAGGAAGCUGUCGUCAAGGCCAGGACUCCAUCCCUUGGCUCGAGAAGAUACCAGCUCUGAAGGAUCAGAGUGCUGAUGUUCCUUGUGAUCCAACCACGUCCUGUCCUGACCAGACCACCUGCUGCCGCCUUCCCACCGGAGAUUGGGGUUGCUGCCCUAUUGAAAAGGCCAUCUGCUGCUCUGAUCAGUCCCACUGCUGCCCCAGUGGGUGGAGGUGUGGUGAGCUGGCUACCUGUUCUAUGGGCCUGCUUUCUUUUCCAUGGCUCAGCAAGACUCUUACCAGUUCACAGAUCAAGUGUGACACGUCUCACAGCUGUCCUCAGGGUACCACAUGCUGCCAUACAGAGGGUGGAGGCUGGGCCUGCUGCCCCCUGGAAGAGGCUGUGUGCUGCUCAGACCAUCUGCACUGCUGUCCCAGCGGAUACACUUGUGAUGUGACGGCCGAAACCUGCAACAAACCAGUUGAUGAGUCGGCUACUCCAGCUACACCAGUUACCCCAGUGACACCUCUGGAUUAUGUCUGGUGCGAUUCCACACAUGCAUGUUAUGAUGGACAGACCUGCUGUACAGGGCCUGGUGGUAUGUGGACAUGCUGCCCCUAUCCACAGGGUGUUUGCUGCCCAGACAGAGUCCACUGCUGUCCUUAUGGCCACGUUUGUCUGAACUACGGGGCUCAGUGCAGCCGAUCUGGAAGUCCACUAUGGGACUUGGGAUGGUUGAAGAAGCGACCCGCUCUGUAAAAGCACUGCCACUAAUUGCACUGAUUUCUCCUCUCCCUUUACGGAUGUUGCCAACCUUUACAAAUCAUAAGAUGGAAUUUAAAAUCACUGGAAUAAAUUUUUUAUAUUUAAACC